AUGGGUUCAAGAUUGAAUCCCUCAAGCAAUAUGUAUAUCCCAAUGAAUGGACCUAGAGGUGGAUAUUAUGGUAUGCCAUCAAUGGGACAAUUACAACAUCCACUUUUUAAUUAUCAAUUCCCUCCUGGUGGAUUUCAACAUUUACAACAACAACAACAACAACAACAGCAACAACAACAACAACAACAACAACAGCAACAACAACAAACACAAGUUCAACAAUUACAUAAUCAAUUACAUCAACAACAUAAUCAACAAAUUCAACAACAAGCACAAGCAACUCAACAACAUUUACAAACACAACAAUACUUACAAUCACAAAUUCAUCAACAAUCACAACAAUCACAAUUAAGUAAUAAUUUAAAUAGUAAUAGUAAAGAAUCUACAAAUAUACCGAAAACAAAUACACAAUAUACAAACUUUGAUUCUAAAAAUCUUGAUUUAGCUUCGAGAUAUUUUUCAGAGUGUUCAACAAAAGAUUUUAUAGGUAAUAAAAAAAAGUCAACAUCAGUAGCUUGGAAUGCCAAUGGCACAAAAAUUGCAAGUAGUGGUUCAGAUGGUAUAGUUAGAGUUUGGAAUUUUGAUCCAUUAGGAAAUAGUAAUAAUAAUAAUAAUAGCAAUAAUACUAGUAGUAAUAGUAAAAAUAAUAAUAUUAAAGAAACAAUUGAAUUAAAAGGACAUGAUGGUAGUAUUGAAAAGAUUAGUUGGAGUCCAAAAAAUAAUGAUUUAUUAGCAAGUGCAGGAACAGAUAAAGUUAUAAAGAUAUGGGAUGUUAAAAUUGGUAAAUGUAUUGGUACAGUUUCAACAAAUAGUGAGAAUAUUGAUGUACGUUGGUCACCGGAUGGUCAAUUCAUUGUAGCAUGUACACGUGAUGAUCAUUUAGCAUUAAUUGAUUUACCAACUAUUAAAACCUUGAAAAUCUAUAAAUUCAAUGGUGAAGAAUUGAAUCAAGUCGGUUGGGAUAACAAUGGCGAUUUAAUUCUAAUGGCAAAUUCAAUGGGUAAUAUCGAAGCUUAUAAAUUCUUACCGAAAUCAACCACACAUGUAAAACAUUUAAAAACUUUGUAUGGUCAUACUGCAAGUAUCUAUUGUAUGGAAUUCGAUCCAACUGGUAAAUAUUUAGCAGCUGGUUCUGCCGAUUCAAUCGUUAGUCUUUGGGAUAUUGAAGAUAUGAUGUGUGUUAAAACUUUUAUAAAAUCAACUUUUCCAUGUAGAUCGGUUUCUUUUAGUUUUGAUGGUCAAUUCAUUGCUGCUUCUUCUUUUGAAUCAACAAUUGAAAUUUUCCAUAUUGAAAGUAGUCAACCAAUUCAUACAAUUGAAUGUUCAGGUGUUUCUUCAUUAAUGUGGCAUCCAACAUUACCUUUAUUGGCUUAUGCUCCUGAAAUUAAUGAAAAUAAUAAGGAUCCAAGUAUCAGAGUAUUUGGAUAUCAUUCUUAA